UUCAUUUUGCAUUCUAGUAUUUUAUUGAAUUUAAUAUCAUUUCUAGUCAAAUAUCGAUGCCAUGCAGAACCGAUUGAUUUGUGUUUCAAGACGUCUUUCUAUUUCAAAGACACAGAUGCGCUCGUUCUAUGCUUCCAAACCACCAAAGCUUGAAGAAGACGAGGUCAAAGCUCUUCUUCGUCCCUUGUCAGGCCAAGGGGGAAAUAUUUUGCUAAACUAUAAUCACACAAACGGUAUCGCUGUUGUCACCAUUGAUAAUGCUGGUCGCAAAAACGCUUUAACGGGUCAAAUGAUGGUACAGUUGUCAGACAUAGUUGAUGAAUUGCAAACAUGGACAUCUGGUAAAGCUUUGAUUUUACAAGGUGACGGAGGCACAUUUGCUUCAGGUGCUGAUAUAAGUGUWGUGCAAGAAAUCCUUACUCCAGAAGAUGGGGCAAAAAUGUGCUUUUUUAUGCAUCGGACAUUGACACGUUUGCGUCGUCUKCCAUUACUCAGUUUGGCUGUUGUACAAGGACAUGCAAUUGGUGGUGGUGCCGAGCUUGCCACGGCUUGUGAUUUUAGACUUAUGUGCAAGAGUGCAGAAAUCAGAUUUGUGCAGGCAAGAAUGAAUGUAUCACCUGGGUGGGGUGGUGGUGCCAGACUAACCAAACUYGUUGGCCGUCAAAAGGCAUUGGAAAUACUUCUACAGUCAAAAAAGAUGRGUCUUACAGAAUCACUGAGAUGUGGGUUGGUUGAUGAUGAGCUGUGCAUGGAUGACAGAAAGGAUUCAGUAGAAGCAGCUACUCAUUGGCUCAAGCCAUAUCUAGAGAGUGAAGUGCCUGUAGUCAGAGCUAUCAAGGGUGUUAUUGCUGCUAGUGAUGACCUUGUCAUGGAUGAUGCUUUAAAUGUGGAAAGAUAUAUAUUUGGUACUGUGUGGGGGAGCGAAAUGGCCAGAAAUGCUUUCAGUCAGAACAAAAAGCACAAAUAAAAUCAAGAAGAAACAUUGAGACUGUGAUAUAAUAUUGAGUUUUAUAAGAUAAAAUUAAAUGGARAUUAAAAGACGAAGGAAAGUACUAAGCAAAAAGAUUUUUAAAAUAUAAUGAACCUCCAUUUUUUUAAUCACUGUUCAAAAUUAGCCUGAUUUUCUGAUUUUCAGUACAGGCAUGGGUCCUACUCUAUGCAGGCUAGUUUAUAAUGAUCAUGAAUCAGCCAACGUGAUUCAGCCUGGAAUAACAUAUGUCAUAUCCAUGAUACAUUUUUAGUAAGAUAUGGAAAACUGCUGAGAGCAUUUAGGACAGGCAUUCUCAAGACAAAGUAAAGGCAUCAGUGAAAAAUAAAAUAUGUGUACACAGGUAGAAGUUAUCUUUAAAUAAGUUUACUCAACCCUGGUAAAUGUAAGAUCAUAAUUGACAAUAUUUACAAGUAGAAAUCAAAACUUGCUAUCGAAACGAUUACUCCUCAACUUUUUCAUCUUCUUGUUU